UUCCCAUUCUCAGUCCUAUUGUAGUCCCAGGCUGAGAAGCAGAGAGUCAGAUCCCAGGCAGAGAGAGCAGAGGUGUCGGGACUCCCUCUGCUGUUCUGGGUGGGAGGGAUCACGUGGCUCUCUGCUGACUUUUCUCCGCACAACUUUCCCUGGAGUUGUCAGAUCUGCUCGGAGAGGGUCAGGGGGACACCUGCACUGAGGACUGCUCUAUGGGGACACCAACACUGUGAUAUCCCACCAGGGAGACAUGAUCCAGCCUGUCCUGCUGGGAUCCAAGCUCUGAGCUCUGUCUGCACACCUCUGAUUAAAAGAAAUAAAGAUGGCAAGUAAAAUGUCCACGGUUUGGGUCCUCUUGUUCUUAGUGCCAUGUGUACAACUUCAAGGAACUAAUAUGAAACCGACUUGGCCAACCUAUAAAGUCCCCGUCAUCGUUCCUGAGUCUACAACUGGUUUGGAGAAGCCUCACUUUGAUGCGGCGCCAAGGCUAGACGUGCCAUGUUCCUGCGGUCCUGAUUGCCACAAACAUUUCCCAACACCAACAGUUGAGGACCUGAAAGAGAACAUGGCAUAUGAAACACUUUAUGCCAAUGGGAGCCGCAUACUGACUGAAGUAGGCAUCUACGUUCUUGGCACCAAUGCCGGGACUAGAAACGGAGCCAGCAAGUCCCGUCAGAAGAGACAGAUCUAUGGUCAUGACACUAGAUUUAACAUAUAUGGAAAGAACUUCUUACUUAAUUAUCCCUUCUCAACAUCAGUAAAGUUAUCCACAGGCUGUACAGGUACUUUGGUAGCUGAAAAACACGUCCUUACAGCAGCCCAUUGUAUCCAUGAUGGUAAAAGCUACGUUAAAGGAGCACAGAAGCUCAGAGUGGGCUUCUUAAAGCCAAAAACAAAAGAUGGUCGUAAAGGUUUCAACCACACAUAUUCGGGAACAGGCGAUAAAAUGAAGUUCCAGUGGAUUCGGGUGAAAAGGACACAUGUCCCAAAAGGUUGGAUUAAAGGUAAUGCUAAUGAUAUUGGCAUGGAUUAUGACUAUGCUUUGUUAGAGCUCAAAAAGCCACAUAAAAGACAGUUCAUGAUGAUCGGAGUAAGUCCUACAGGUCGCCAAUUGCCUAGUCACCGAAUCCACUUCUCUGGCUUUGACAAUGACAGACCGGGAGACCUCGUGUACAGGUUCUGCGAAGUUAAGGACGAAACGUAUGACCUUCUAUACCAACAAUGCGAUGCCCAACCCGGCGCCAGCGGAUCUGGAGUCUAUGUCAGAAUGUGGCGGAGAGAUAAGCAACAGUGGGAGCGAAAAAUUAUUGGAAUAUUCUCCGGGCACCAGUGGGUUGACAAAAAUGGUGACAAACAGGAUUUCAAUGUCGCUGUGCGCAUCACGCCCCUUAAGUAUGCCCAGAUAUGUUUCUGGAUAAAGGGAAACUAUAUAGAUUGUCAGGAUCGUUGAUUCCCAGUCCAAAUACUUCAGAGUGACUGUCUUAUAAUUUCGAGAAAGGCCAAAUAUGAACAAAAAGAGACAUUGCUAAAGCAUUCCACCAAACGGUUCAAUGAAUCCAUUGUUUGAGGUGUUGUCAAGGAAGACUGGAGUGAAACACUGAGGCACAAUGCUCACAUAGAUCUUUAUACUUCACAGAUACUAAGUGCAACGGUUGCAUAAGACAGCUGUUGAUGAGAGAUGUUAAUAUAUUUUUACAGAAUGAUGGAUUUUUGCUUUUGCCUUUUUUAAGUUUAUUUUUGUUUCUUACUGGGCAAUCGGCAUAAUUAACCAGCAUUUUUACGCCAACCUGCAAUAUUGAUUGGUGGAUUUCUUUUUGAAUAUAAGACAUUGAAGAUACAGAAAGUUAUUUGACGGUGACAGCUUGCCGCACAAUAUAUAAUCUGCACUUUCCUGGUCUAAAAUAGAAUUGAAAAUACUCGUCUCUUUUAAAUUACUAUUUCUGUACUGAUGUUUGAUUACUGCUGUGGAUGAGCAACUGUAUUUUUUCCCCCCCUAAAGUGGCUUUUAAUCUCAGGAUGUACAAAAUAUGCAGAUGGAAACUAAAAUGUAUUAUUAUGAUGUCAAA